CCUGUGAAGCAGUGAACAGCCUGAGACUGGCUUUCUUCAAUAACCUGGAGAAAUCUUAGUCACAGGCCAUAUGUAUUUUUUUCUAAUGCAAAUUUCUUGAGGGUUUUUUUUUUCCUUCUGAUUCGAGCAGUUGGGUGUUGUUGCCAGGGGCUUGUAGCCAAAGAGACCCACCAGGGCAACAGUGGGAAGCCCCUUAACUCUCUAGGCUUUGGACUCUGUCGUGCUUUUAACUCCAAAAUUGGGCUGAAACUUUCCCCCGAAGAAGGCAGUCUGAGGUCGGCCAGCAAGGUGCCAGGAGGUGAGAAGGUUUUUAGAGUCUGAUUCCUUUAUUUCUUGAUUUCACAUGCCAGGGCAAUUUUAAGCCAAGUACCCAGAGACUAGAUCCCUUUGAAAGAUGGGUCACAAUGCCACGAUCUUGGACCAGCUUUUUUGGCAGCUCCCCCCGUGUGAACGCUGGAAGCAUGACACAGAAGGGGCACUUUAUCACCUUGCCAAUUGCUUCCUACUGAUAGGCUUCAUGGGGGGAAGUGGGGUCUAUGGCUGUUUCUAUCUCUUCAGCUUCCUAGCAACUGGCUUCUUGUGCUAUGCAUUGUGGGGCUGGUUUUUCGCCUGCGGGCUGGACAUCUUUGUCUGGAGUUUCCUACUGUUCAUGAUCUGCCUGACCCAGCUGGCUCAUUUGGUGUACCAGUUGCGGAAGAACGUCCUCGUGGGAGAGUUUGACCACCUCUAUAAGGCCCUGUACCUGCCCUUGCAGGUACCCCUGCAGACAUACAGAAAAAUUGUCCACUGCUGUGAGGAGAGAGUCCUGUCACUAGCUACUGAGCAGACCUAUGCUGUGGAAGGUGAGACACCUAUCAACCGCCUUUCUCUGUUGCUUGAAGGCAGGAUUCGUGUGAGCCAAGAUGGGCAGUUUCUGCAUUAUAUCUUCCCCUACCAGUUCAUGGACUCCCCAGAGUGGGAGUCAUUGCAACCAUCUGAGGAUGGGGUAUUCCAGGUUACCCUGACCGCGGAGACCGACUGCACCUACGUUUGCUGGCCGCGGAAGCCCCUCUACCUCCUCUUGGACAAAGAGCGCUACAUCUCCCGCCUCUUUUCGAUCCUGCUCGGCUAUGACAUCUCGGAGAAGCUGUAUGCCCUCAACGACAAGCUCUUUGCCAAGUUCGGUCUGCGUUUUGACAUCCGCCUCCCCAGCCUCUACCACGUCCUGGGUUCGGCUUCCUCUUCCUCAGAGCCUGAAGCCGAGAAGGAGGCUGAGGAAAGCAAGGAACCAGCCCUCCCUCCUCACCCUCUGUCCGUGGCUGUUCAGAAAGCUCCCCCACUCCCUUCUCCUCCAGUCCCUGCGGCCCCCGCUGCACCUCCUGCCCCGGCCAGGGCAUCGCGACUUGGCAGUGAUACCCUGGGUGAGGACUCUACCAGUCUUGUGUUGGAAGAUUUUGCAGAGUUGCCAGGAUCGUUUAUGGAUUAUGGGAGUGAAGGGGAGUAUAUGAGAUGAGGGAAGUUCUAAUAUGGGCACAGCCAUCUGGUUUAAGACCCCCGUCUUCUGGAAGUCCUCUUAGAAGCCAUCCUCACGUUAAAGCCAAAUGCUCUAAGGGACAGGCCCCUUUGGCUCCAACACAUACCCCUGAACUUUAGGGAUCAACUGUUAACUCUUGUUGCCAUGACCAGCCCCACUCUCUGCACAAGUUUGUGCUCACAAGGAGGCCACCAAUGACCUUGACCUCCUGAAUUUUCACACACCAGGUUUCUCACCUGCACCUUCCAUUGGGACACACAAGACUCCUGCACCUGCGUGACCCCACAGUGAUCUCCACGUGUGCCAUUUUGUAUUUUCCCCACUCCUUCCCUCUGGGUCAUUUAAUUAAAAUGCCUAGAAAGUACCAUGGGAUUAAACUGUCUAAGAAAUCCUGA